GGCUUAUGAAAUGCUUGGCUCCUAAAUUUAGUUUUCUAUCGGCUUUUUAUAAAUACAUAGCGAGCUGGCUAGCUAACAUUAUUGGCAUAACUAACAAGCUGGUUAGACAAAGUUAGUGGCACUAACAACAUAUGAACAAUGUCACGCUUUAAAAGAGGUGCCAAAGUGGAUUCUAGAGCAGGAUUUAGAACAGAAAAAGAGGAACCGGGUGCUGUUCCUUAUGGAUUGUUGAAAACCGCCAGAAAAAGCGGGCAGCUCAAUUUGUCUGGGCGAGGGCUGACUGAAGUCCCACAAAGUGUCUGGAGGCUGAACUUAGACACACCUGAGGAGGCCAAACAGAACUUGUCCUUUGGGGCAGAUGAUCGCUGGUGGGACCAGACAGAUCUGACCAAGCUGCUUCUCUCUUCAAACAAGCUGGAAGCUCUGCCAGAGGAUGUCAAGCUGUUGCCAGCCCUUACUGUUUUGGAUGUCCAUGAUAAUCAGCUUACCUCAUUACCCACAUCUAUUGGAGAGUUGCAACAUCUUCAGAAACUCAGUCUGAGUCACAAUAAACUGAAAGAGUUUCCGGAGGAGAUAUGGAGUCUGAAGAACCUCACCUGUCUCCAGCUGCAGCAGAAUCUACUGGAGCACCUGCCAGAGGGAGUGGGAUUGCUCACUAACCUGGAUGAUUUCGAUCUUUCCAACAACCAGCUAACUGCCGUCCCUGACAGUCUGGGCAACUUGAACCAUCUGGUGAAGCUGAACCUCUCCCACAACAAGCUGAAGAGCCUCCCCUCAGGAAUCAGUGUCAUGAAAAAUUUGAGACUGCUGGACUGCACACACAAUCAGCUUGAGAGCAUACCUCCUGUCUUGUCUCAAAUGGCGUCUUUAGAGCAGCUCUAUCUGAGACACAACAAACUGCGCUUUCUUCCUGAACUGCCCUCCUCAAGGCUCAAGGAGCUGCAUGUUGGUAAUAACCAGAUUCAGGUGCUGGAGGCAGAGCACCUGAAACACCUGAGCACUCUGAGUGUAUUGGAGCUGAGGGACAACAAGGUGAAGACUCUCCCUGAGGAAAUCAAACUACUCCAAGGCCUGGAGCGCCUAGACCUAGUCAACAAUGACAUCAGCAGUCUGCCAGCUGCCCUUGCCCUCCUGCCCAAGCUGAAGAUCCUGACUCUAGAGGGCAACCCUCUGAGAGGCAUCCGCAGAGACCUCUUGACUAAAGGAACCAAUGAAUUGCUGAAGUACUUGAGGGGUCGAAUAAAAGAGGAUUCAGAUGGCAAAGGAGAUGAGCCUGACACUGCCAUGACUCUGCCCAGUCAGGCGAAGAUCAACGUGCACACCAUUAAAACACGGAAGACAUUGGACUACAGUGAGAAGCAGAUGGCAUGUGUUCCUGAUGAUGUGUUUGAUGCUGUGGGAAGUGAGCCUGUUGCCAGUGUCAACUUCAGCAAGAACCAGCUGGCUGCAGUACCUCCCAGGGUUGUGGAGUUGAAGGACUCUGUUUCUGACAUCAACCUGGGGUUUAACAAGCUGACCAGCCUCCCCUUGGAGUUUUGCAUGCUGCAGCAGCUGGCACACAUAGACCUCAGAAACAAUCUUUUGACAUCUCUACCAAUGGAAAUUGAGGCCCUAAUGAAACUGCGGAGCAUCACACUGUCAUUCAACAGGUUUAAGUUGUUCCCAGAGGUGCUGUACCGGGUUCCUAGCCUGGAGACCAUUCUUAUCAGUAAUAACCAAGUGGGAGCCAUUAACCCACUGCAGCUCAAAGCUCUGGACAGGCUGUCUACUCUGGACCUGCAGAACAAUGACAUCAUGCAGGUGCCACCUGAACUGGGCAACUGUACGAGCCUGAGAGCCCUCAUGCUGGAUGGAAAUCCUUUCCGCAACCCCAGAGCAGCCAUUGUAUCCAGAGGAACUGAUGCUGUCCUGGAGUACCUACGAAGCAGGAUCCCUACAUAGUCAACUGCAUUAGAGCCAAACGAGAUACAACACACCAAAUGAGAUACAACACACACAACUACAACACACCAAGUGAGAUACAACACACACAACUACAACACACCAAGUGAGAUACAACACACACAACUACAACACACCAAGUGAGAUACAACACACACAACUACAACACACCAAGUGAGAUACAACACACACAACUACAACACACCAAGUGAGAUACAACACACACAACUACAACACACCAAGUGAGAUACAACACACACAACUACAACACACCAAGUGAGAUACAACACACACAACUACAACACACCAAGUGAGAUACAACACACCAAGUGAGAUACAACACACACAACUACAACACACCAAGUGAGAUACAACACACACAACUACAACACACCAAGUGAGAUACAACACACACAACUACAACACACCAAGUGAGAUACAACACACACAACUACAACACACCAAGUGAGAUACAACACACACAACUACAACACACCAAGUGAGAUACAACACACACAACUACAACACACCAAGUGAGAUACAACACACACAACUACAACACACCAAGUGAGAGAACUACAACACACCAAGUGAGAUACAACACACACAACUACAACACACCAAAUGAGAAAGUACCAUUUUAUGAUUAAUCAGUGUUUGUUUUUGGCUUGAAACUAACUGCCAUUAUUCUGUGAAAGUGUUCCAUGACAUUCGAGCCUGAUGAUUUGAAGUGUACUUUCUCUUGUUUGAUCUAAGAUAUAAAGUUUGAAUGAUUACUACUGGGAGACUGCUGUAACAAUGUUUACAAGAUCUUCUACCAAUGGCAAUAUUUGAAUUGCAUUCCAAGCUGAAAAGCCUGUCUUAGUGUGGGUUCUUUUUCUCAAUAUAUGGAAAAACAAUAGCAAUUCCACUAAGCUUAUUCUUUAGGAAAGUUUUGCAUUCAAUGUUUAACAUAAUGUAUGGCAAUUGCAAGAUAAUCUGACACUUCUACUGAUUUGGCCUUGGCCUGUUUGAUACUCUGAUCCAAACGAGACAUUUUAAAAUGUUAUAUCAUUCUCAAGAAUUCAUUUGUAAUGACAUUGAGAUAUGUUGUUACACUAUCUAAUAACCUGAAAAAAAAACAUCUGUGUUCUUCAGUCGCUUUUUAUGUGUGACAGAAGAACUUGCAUGCACUCUCAUUGUAUUCAUGAAAACUGAGUAAGACAAUUGAACCAUGUCUGUUUCAAUGACUCCAACAACAAUAAUGAUUUAAUUCCAACCACAUUAAAUGUGUACAAGGCA